AAUUGGCCGCUCAGAAUCAAAAUUUGUAAAUUAGUAAUAAUUGUAGCUUAGAAAUAGUAACAUAAUGUCGUUAAAGAAAGUAAUGAAGGGGCUGCCUUCUGACCUCUUGGUUGCGGAGGGCUUAAUGUAUCAAGAUUGGGACGCGCUGACUACAUGUCAAAGGGAGUGCAUCACCAGGCUUGGGAUGACCAUCCAGUUGGAACAGGAGGCCUACCUUACUGAGCAUCCAGAGGUUAGAGCUAUGCUGGAAAACUUUUUCACGGGAAUCGUCCUGCAACCAAAAAGGAAGGACUUGCUCGGUGAGGCGGCAAGAUUUUUCACACGGCCAGCCGAGGUUCUCGACGCUGAGAUCAAAGAGCGAAUUGGUGUGCAAUCCAGUCCAUACGUGCAGGACCAAAAACCUCCUUUUCGGUACAAAGACCUUGAUUUGGAGUAUGACCUGAAGAACAUCGUGAUGCGGAACUACCCUCCAGAACAGUGGAAGAUCCCUACGCCUGUCGUCAGCACUCCUAACACGGUGUCUUCGGACUUCUUGUCCAUUAUCACGUCCGAUACAACUUUACCAACCCCAGAACCAGUUCGUACUCCUGAAGCAACUCUCUCGGAGACCCUGUUCGCCGUUGUCUCAAACACCGUGGACAAGGCGAUCUUCACCCACAUUGAUGAUGCUGCGUUGAGAUACGAUACUGCAUAUGUGGAACUCAUGAAAGCUGUAGAACAAGCCAUGGAGAUCCCAGUGAUAGAAAUACGAGAGGACAUAGCUGAGCUGUUCUACAACGCCUACAAACUAUUCGAACUUGAUAUCAUGGAGAAAGAAAGAAUUGCGGCUGAAAUUGCAUGGGAGAAAAGGAUGAGGAAGAAGUUGAAGAGAACACUGAGAAGAUUGAACAAUUUUAAAGGUUACGAGACUCCGCCUUCGCCAAAGAGCGAGAUUUCGUCCCAUGAGAGCUACAAGAAGCCCCCGCCAAGGCCGUGCGUGUGCCAUCCCCAGUUCUAUUACAACCGAUAUGCAAAGGACCGUUUCGGAAUCUAUCUGCCAAGAGAGACCGGCUUCACCGACAACAACGUGACCGUUACUCCAGCCAUCUCUUUGGAGAGCCUCAACGAAGACGAAGGAGAAGCAGUCGACACAAAGUCCAUCAUCAGCAGGAAGUCUGUUGUAUCCGCGAAGAGUACAGUCAGCAAGAAAACCACCUUCAAAACUUAAGU